CAGCUGAUAACCUCAGUAAAUUAGCUGUUCGUUCCAACUUUGUUACCGCAGAUAAAAUAUCAGAGUAAAUCUAACACAAGUUAAUUGUUAAUAAAAAUUGCUAAUCACCACCUACAAAUAUUUUUAAGAAUAAGCCCCUAAGUCACUAUCGUGUUGUUGUUAAGUGUUGAGCAUAAACAAUUGCUCUAAUAAUACUACAAAUAAUAAAAGUAAAGAAUAUAAUUGUAAAGAAGUAUAAUAAAGUGAUUGCAAAAUUUAUUGAAAUUAUUUAAUAUUUUAGUGCGCAAAAUAUUAUUAUAGGUUCAACUAAGGAUAUGACAAAAUAUUGGAUGAACAAGUGCUGAAGACAAUUUAAAACCACAACUAAACACAAAGCGGUCAAAAGCUUAAAACAAUAGCAUAACGGUUGUUAAUUUGUGAGCAGCCUAACAAUUUUUGUAAUAGAACUUGUCGGCGCUCACUUCCCUGAAGCAAUAAACCAUUCAAACGUAGCGUCAGCGCAUACAAGCAUACGCUGCAUGCUAGUGACGCACAAUAAUUCUCUGUUGAGAGCAGGUUUCCAAGACUUAAGCGACAACAACGACAAGCACAACGACGACUGCACGCAACCAACGCUACUCACAUGUCGCGCCGACGCUGCGCACUGCGGUGCCACACAAUGAGUACACACAACCGAAUUGGUGGCGGAAGCAGCAAUUUGCCAAAUGCAACGCGACGACAGACUUUCGCUAACAUGAUCACCAUUACGACAAUGUUGCUUAUACUGCUUCCGUCAACCAUAACAACUGCAGCAACUGACAGCCAAGAGAGCGGAGUUAAUCAGCAGCGCGAUGGCACACACGCAGCAGCAGCAGCUGGCAGUAACACUGCUGUCGCAAAGGCUUCACUGCAACUGCAUUCAAAUGUAGCUCAUAAAUCAAACGUAAUUAGUGGAGAAAAUAAGGUGUCAGCCUGGCAAGCGAGUGCAACUGAGUUGUUAACAGCAACGGAACUGAAUUAUAGUAAUGACGACGACGCUGAUGGGGGCGUGUUGGCGCACGAAGUUGGCAUUGCUGGCAAAAGUAGCGCGCUAAGGGAGCGAAUGGGCGCAGCUGCGAUAAAUUACCGCGUCGAGCAAUUAGCGCGUAAUGCAAGCGAAAUGCGACCGCAGAAGCAAAAGUUGCAAACAUUUUUAACCGCGUCACUGCGGCAGCCAACCGCGGCAACUGUGCGAAACUUUACAACUGCGCGCCGCCGAUUUCGCAGCAAAGUGCUGCCAAUGUCAGCAACAACUGGCAAUAAUAAACUUGUAACAACGAAUUAUAUGAUGUUGAAUAACAGCUACACCAAUGGUGGCAGCAACAAUAACAGUGGUAGUGCAACUAAGUGGCGGCAAGCAAUUGAUGUGCGACCUUCGAAGAAGUGGGAUCAAGCGGAAGCUGAGCGCAAAAAGCAGCAAUCAAACUCUAAUCAACCACAACAAUCAGCACAAAACGAACAACAGCAACAAGCAACAAUAAUUACCAGCAUAAAGAGCCUAAAUAGCAAUGAAAAGGAGUUAGAACGCAAAAACCAAAGGGAAUUCUCUUCCACACAAACAACAACUGCAACUACAACAGAACAGGUGAGCUGGCUAAGUGCACAGGUUGGCCAUGGGCAUAGCGGCACUGCUGCGUCAGCUGAUCCACACGUAGAUGCCAAACUUUCUGCUGAGGACAAUGAUGACGAUGUUUAUAAUGUUGACGAUGACGCUGUAAUUGACUCAGUUGACAUGGUAACCAAUAACAGCGCCACACAAAUGUUGCAAUUUGUUAUGCCAGCAACUCACAUACCCCCAACCACAAUAAUGCCAACUACAGAAGUGGUAUUCUCGGGCGCUGAGCAUGCGAGGGAGACUUUAGUCAAAAGCAAAAUAAAUAACAUAAAUUCCCGAACGAAAUUCACUUCAACGCAAUUUCAAAGCGACAAAGGCGAUGCCACGAAAGAGCAGAGCAUUGCGUCGGAAGCAAUGAGAACAGCGUAUAACUCGCAAACAACAGCGGAUUAUCCAGCUAAAAGCGACUUUAGAACUGACAGCGUGCCAACUCAGCUGCUGCCACAGACACCGUGUGGGAAUGGACCGCAUGCCAUUCAAUUUCAAAACCCACUAGCUGAACAGUUGCCAAAUGAGCUGAAUAAUGUGGGCGAAGACGGCGAAGUGCGACGCGGAAAGGAUAGUAAAAACACUGAAAGGCGCUUAACGCCGCUGACGGAUUUAAAUGUAAAGCUGAAUUUUAUCAAUAAAAAUGCAAAGUCAGUGAAAUGCGAUAAGCAGAUAAAGAAUGAAUCGACAGCCAUGACAAUUGAAUUGACGACAGGACAUGAGCAAGCGAAAUACGAGCGCGCGACGCAAAGCAAUUCCAGCGAAGUUGCUGCAGAAGCACAGCAAACCUUGAAAACUGCCCAGGAGGAUUGUAAAAUAACAAAAUGCUCGAAGCGAUUAGGGGUUAUUGUGCAAGGUGAGCAACAAGAGCAGUACCAACAACGGCAACAAAAGGGCGAGCGACGCCAACCGCAAAAGUCAUUCAGCAAAAGCCAACUGACUCGGCAGCAAAGGUACUUAGGGCAAGCCAUGUACUUAGUACGCCCACAACAGCAAUCGCAAGUCUUAAACAUAUACGCAGAGCUGCUGCAACAACAUAAAAAGCACUUAGAACCUAAAAGCGACAUCUUCGAAGAGCUGACAAGCCAACAAACACCGAAAGAGGUGGGAAUGCGCAACGCUGUAGUUGGAGGUAAAAGCUUUAGUAAACCAGAGCCUCUAUUGAAUACGGAAGUCGCACAAGUAGAAAGAGGCAAAUUAGCGAUGAAGCCAAAUAAAGUGACUUCAAUAUUACAAGAGAAUGCAGCGCUGAACGAAAUGGAAGCGCAAUCACAAGUCAGGAAAGAGCAUUUUGGCAUUCAAAAGCAAGAAGUCGCAAGAAAACCAGAACUUCUUGCGGAUACGAAACAAGACUCAAGAACAGCAAACAAGCACAGUAAGUUCGGCGAGUUGCAGCUGGAAAUAGCGUGUAAUGGGACUUGUGCAGAGCGCACAAGCUUAGAAACCUUCAAGCGUUUAACAGCGCGCGUUAAGAAGAGGCAAUCAACAAAUUUAAACGAAACAAUUACGGUCGCUAUAGACAACCUUGCAAGAGUUAAAAAUAGUGGCUCUAAAAGCGCCAAAAUAUUAAUAACUUCAACUGGAGAUACAAUGCCACAGAAAAUUACACAGCUUCAAGUUGACCAGCCAACAGCGGAGGCCAACUUAUUGAAGCAAACAGAGACUCAAAACGUGAUAGCCGAUAGCGUAGCUAAACAACUAGCAAGUAAAAGCGAAAAUGAAACGUACAAUGAGUCGAGUGAAGGACUGUUGCCUGAGGAACAGCAGCGCGCUUUGAAGUAUGCAAACAAGCGAGACAACAAUGAGACAGUGGCUGCCCUGAAUAGCUGGCCGCCGGUUGAAUGGCAUAAAGUACCGACAGCAGUGCAGCUUGAUGAACUAGAUGAAAAACAAGCAGAGCAGCAGCUAGUUGAUACGCAACAACGCGUGGAUGUCAACAACGCUGACUUUAAUGGACAUCGUCAAGCAAAUAAAUCUAGAGUAAUGUCUGGUAUACAGCUCUUACAUAUGACAAAUAUCACGUCAAAUGCCACAAGAAACGCGCACGUUCAUGAAAACCGACGUGAGCUGCAUCACGAUUCGAAUACGUUGCUGUCUAAGGAAAUGGUAGGAAGGGAAGAUGUGAGACAGAGAUUGAUGUCGGAUAAACAUGCUGUUGACACUGAAGAAAUGCCAGCUUUUGAAAUAUCAAUAAACAAUAGUUUGAGUAAUAGGGAAAUUGAGGCAACGCAGGCACACAAAUCACUUGAUGCGCCGGGGCAAAACGGUGAAUAUGUGUCAGAGGAAGAGGACGCAGUAAUUAAAAAUGCCGAGCCAGAAAUGUUGAAUCUAACAAAAGCCCAGCGAAGCGCGUCAAUGUCAGCAACAGGAAAAUCGGAACAGAUCGAAGUGGCGCAAGAACCGACAACUGCUACAACUAAGCCAGAUAAUUGCGAACAUCCGGCGAAUAAUGGCAAUGUACCGCCAUUUGUGGAAUUAAAAGCAGACAGCGCAAGCGAAGGCGCGCAGCAGACUGUAAGCUCGGUAGGGAUUAACAACGAGCAUUUAGCCCGCUUCAAUGGAACUCAGGCUAUGGCUGAGGAACAACAGAGCAAAUCAAUUUUGUCCUUGCCACUCACAGACUAUGGUGAGCGCGCUGAAGGUGAGACUGUUGCGGAGCGGCAGCAGCAGCACAAUCUUUUAACGGCUUAUAUACGUCGGCCCGACAUGCGAACGGGUGAAGCGCUGAAGCUGAAUGACACAUUAUUGGCAGCGGAUGGAAAAGAGAUUGUGGAGACAGAAAGCAAGUGGAAUGCAGGCGAAAAACUAACAAUACAGGAACCGUUUAAAAGUAGCACGCCAGCCACAAUGACAACGGAAACAAUGACGCUGCGCUCAGCAAACGGCGCUGAAAUCACAAUGAGAAACAAUUCGAACGCCAUCGAGUGGCGCGAAAAUGUAACAGCAGAUGGAAAUUUCGGUGCCAGUCAAAAUGAAAAGGCCAACGCAUAUGCCACGCAAACACAAAGUACAAAGCUGCCAAGAGGGCGCGAUUAUAAAGCCGUUAACUUGACGGCGGUGGAGAUCCAGCAGUAUAGCGCCACUGCUGAAACAUUUCCCAAUCAAAAAGGAGUUAAUGCCGUCGCAGAUUUUCAUGCAUUGAAUGGCGCUGCGACAUCGGCUACAAUAAACACCACAGCGCACACACCCGCACUCAAAACAUAUGAUGAUGCCAACGCAGAGGAAGCAAACAAUGCCUCAACUACCAAGCAAAUAUUGGAAAGUACCACAACAGCAUGGACGACAUCUAAAGAUAUACAAUGGUAUGCGACAGAGCAAACAACCCGAAGUAAUACCAAAUACACCACCAACACCUUCAACACCGCUGAGAUAGCUGUUGGUCAUAUUGGCACAACCGACUCAAUUCCAAAUGCUACUAUGCGGGCUGUCAUGCCAACGCCACUAUCAGUGAAUACAACACUAACAACACCAGCAAGUAAUGUCAUAGCAACGACAAUAGCAGCUGCAGUGCUGUCCGAUGUAAUGAACACCAAAAUGCCAGCGCAAUCAGUGAUACAAGCGGCAAUAGCGGCAAAUGUGACGAUAAAUGACACUCCGACAACGACGGACACUUCAUUAUUUGUGCUGCCCAAUUUCGCUGCACUCACCACCACAACGAGUAGUGCAACAGAGUAUGCACUAUUUUCCACAAUAGUAACAAUGAUGACUCCAACAAUCGGUGCUACUGCCACACCAGGCGGCGCUGCUUGGCCCGUGAAACACGCUUCGGUAAUGGAAGGAGAUGUCAUACUCGGCGGCCUGAUGAUGGUCCACUCACGUGAGGACAGCAUCACUUGUGGCCCCAUAAUGCCGCAAGGUGGCAUACAAGCACUCGAGGCCAUGCUCUACACGCUCGAUCAAGUGAAUAAGCAGCAAUUGUUGCCGAAUGUAACGUUAGGCGCACACAUACUCGACGAUUGCGAUAAGGACACGUAUGGGCUGGAGAUGGCGGUUGAUUUCAUUAAAGGUUCCAUUAGCAAUAUUGACGAUGCUGAAUACCAUUGCAACAAGACGCAGGUGCGGAAGGUAAUUUCCGGCGUAGUUGGCGCUGCCUCUUCCGUAACAUCGAUACAAGUUGCGAACUUGCUGCGUCUUUUUCGCAUACCACAGGUUUCCUUCUUCUCAACAAGCCCCGAACUGAGCAACAAGCAGCGCUUCGAAUAUUUCUCGCGGACAAUACCCUCCGAUCACUACCAGGUCAAGGCGAUGGUGGAAAUCGUCAAACGCAUGGGCUGGAGUUACGUCUCAAUUAUUUACGAAGAGAGCAACUAUGGCAUAAAAGCCUUUGAGGAGCUGGAAGAGCUGUUGGCACGUCACAACAUCUGCAUCGCUGUCAAGGAGAAGCUCGUCAAGGACUCCGGCGUCGCUGAGGAGAUCGCCUAUGAUAAUAUUGUGCAAAAGCUGUUGACAAAGCCACGGGCCAGAGGUGCCAUUAUAUUCGGUUCGGAUCAGGAAGUGCGUGAGGUGAUGCGGGCGGUACGACGCAACAAUGCGACUGGUGCCUUUUCGUGGAUCGGCUCGGACGGCUGGAGCGCGCGCAACCUGGUAUCCGACGGCAAUGAGCCGGAGGUUGAGGGCACCUUAUCCGUGCAGCCACAAGCGAAUCCUGUAAAAGGUUUCGAGGAAUACUUUUUAAACUUAACGGUGGAAAACAAUCAACGAAAUCCAUGGUUUGUAGAAUUCUGGGAGGAUCACUUUCAAUGCCGCUAUCCUGGCAGUCUAAGUACGCCAUACAACAAUUACAAUCGCACGUGCACUACUAAAGAGCGCCUCUCCAAGGACACAGACUUUGAGGACCAGCUGCAGUUCGUGAGCGAUGCGGUGAUGGCAUUUGCAUACGCGCUACGUGACAUGCAUCGCGACCUCUGCGGCGGCCGACCCUCGCUUUGCGAUGCCAUGAGACCCACCAAAGGCGCCGACUUACUCAAAUACUUGCGUAAAGUGCAAUUUCAGGGCCUCAGCGGUGAUCAUUUUCGCUUCGAUGGCAAUGGCGAUGGUCCAGCGCGUUACAACAUCAUUCAUUUCAAGCAGUCAGCGGAGGGCCUCUACCACUGGAUCAAAGUGGGUGAAUACUAUGAGGGUGAGCUGCGCCUCAAUAUGACCGAAGUCCAAUUUAAACUGUUGCAUCCGAAGCCACCUGAGUCCGUCUGCAGCUUGCCCUGUGAACGCGGACAGGCCAAGAAGUAUGUGGAGGGCGAGAGCUGCUGCUGGCACUGCUUCAAUUGCUCAACCUAUCAAAUUCGCCAUCCCAUCGAUGAGACUCAGUGCCUAACUUGCCAAUUGGGCACUUUACCCGAUGCUACCAAGCAGUUCUGCCAGCCCAUACCGGAAGUCUACUUGCGACCUGAAUCAGCUUGGGCGAUUGGCGCGAUGGCCUUCAGUGCCACCGGCAUUUUGGUCACGCUCUUUGUUGUUGGCGUAUUUGUGCGACACAACGAUACGCCCAUUGUGCGCGCCUCUGGCCGGGAGCUCAGCUAUAUACUACUCGCUGGUAUAUUAAUGUGUUAUGCCGUUACAUUUGCUUUGGUGCUGAAGCCCACGAAUAUAGUGUGCGCCAUACAACGCUUCAGCGUUGGCUUCUGCUUUACCGUUGUCUACGCCGCUCUGCUCACCAAAACCAACCGCAUAGCGCGUAUCUUCAAAGCGGGCAAACAAUCGGCGAAACGACCUUCCUUCAUAAGUCCCAAGUCACAAUUGGUUAUCUGCUCAUUCCUAAUUUUCAUACAAAUUCUUAUUAAUGGCGUUUGGAUGGUGAUUGCACCGUCGCACGCCAUGUACCAUCAUCCGACACGCGAGGAUAAUAUGCUCGUCUGCGAUUCGUACAUCGACGCUUCCUACAUGAUUGCAUUCUUCUAUCCCAUCGUUCUGAUUGUAGUCUGCACAGUGUACGCGGUGCUGACGCGCAAAAUACCAGAGGCAUUUAACGAGUCCAAACAUAUCGGUUUCACCAUGUACACCACUUGCGUCAUCUGGCUGGCGUUUGUGCCGCUUUACUUCGGCACCGCCAAUCAUGUGCCGCUGAGGAUAACGUCCAUGUCGGUGACGAUAAGUUUGUCGGCGAGCGUCACGGUGGCGUGCUUAUUCUCGCCAAAGCUGCACAUAAUACUUAUAAGGCCCGAACGCAACGUGCGACAGAGCAUGAUGCCACCGCGCUAUGGAAACAUGCACAGGGCGGGCACCGGACCUUCUUCCAUGAUGGCCGCCGCGGUGGUGACAGCAGCUACAUGUGCGCAAGAGGAGAAAAUACAAAAGCAUAUCACACCAACAAAUACAGAGCACAGCACCAAGUCGAAGAAGCUCUGUGAGAUGGCAACACAGACCAUCACAAUAACGAAUAUCUUCACUAAUUUAGACAGCAUCGCCUACAGUCAGAUUCCCUAUGCGGAUCAGUAUGUGCCAAACAACAAUCAUCAUCAUCAGCAACAGCAUGAGCAACAAAGCCAACAAUCAUUACCCCACCCACUAGCCGCCACAAGCGAAGCUGAAGUGGUGGCGAAUAAUAAUAAAAUCAAUCAAUUGCAGCAUGGCAACCCUAACGCGCUGGCGCAUGCCACAAACACCGCCACCGCUGUUGCAACGACAGGCAGCUCAGCGGCCACGAAUGCCACAGCAGUGGCGGCAAUUAGUACAGCCGUAUCACCACCCACUUUGCAUGCACUAAGCAACCAUGUGAUGUUGCAGCAACAUGUUGCGCUGAACAACUGCAGCGAUAGCGCAACUUUGUGCAGUGAUAGCGGUAAACCACAACUGGAGACCACGAAUUUAUAGCCCAAAGCGCCGCUAACCAAUUCUGUCAGCGCUGGCGCUGCAUUAGCAACCGCAAAAGCCAUCGAACAGUGUAAUGCUGCGGACUCAUUGAUAGCACAUGACAUGAGUUAUGCGCUACAACAAGAAAUCGGCUGUAAUAGUUGUGGCGCACAGCCCGCGCAAGCUAAACUUGGCGAGUGUAAUCAGCACAACAACAACAACGAUGGCAAUCGCGCUGCCACACAAAACAUGCUCAGCAAUAACGAUGGCAGCGGCAACGGGGACGGUGCCACAGAUCUCAACACUACCACCAGCAGCAUCACAGCCUGCAAUUGCAGCAACAGCAGCAGCAGCACUAAUAGCAACAGCAGCAGCAAUGGCGGCAACGGCAGCACAGCAACCAGCAGCAAAAAGCGGUGCGCCAUACCCGUGUGAGAGUGAGAGAACUAGCCCUAGGCGUGCGACACUGGCAGCGCAAUAAAUUGCUGAAAUGCCACUAGAGAUUUGCUAAAUAUAUUUGUAUCUGUAAGUAGAAUCAAAAGCUAGUUUUAAGUCAAACUUAUUUCUUUUCAAAGAGUUCAUAAAUGACUGCUUAUGAUGUAAGUGUAAGGGUAUGGGUAAGUAACGGCGGUUAUGCCUUCGAAAGUAAGCCACAGAACAUGCAAAAUUGUUUGGACUUUUUGUAGUUCCAAUGAAAUUACAAUGAAUUUAGCUAGUUACAUAAGUUGUGCUAUUAGCAUAUUAAGUUCGUUAAAAUAGAAAAUAAGAAAGUUAGCAUACUAUGUUAAGUAAAUUAUAAGAGUAUGGAAGUGUUUUAUACUUAAGGGUAUGGUACAAAACUAUCUGGUUAUAGUUAUAUAUAGAAUAAUUUAGAGUGAGUUUAAGUUUAUAAUUCUUCAGUGCAGAAAUAAAACCGGAAUAUAUUAUUAAAGUUCAAUAAUCCAAACAAUUAGUAACUUAAUAUUUGGUUUAAUGAAACUGUUGUGAAUUGCUUCAAAUAACAGCUGAUCGAACGAAAUGAGCGCAACAUGCGAGACGCCAAAUACUAUGCUUGUUACCUACUCUACCUUUAAGUACCUCGUUUCUUUGAUAUUAAUUUUUUUUUCUAAUUGAUUAAUCACCACGACUCUGUGAAUUUUAUGCUGUUUUUAUUAAUUUAUGAUAUUAUUUUUAAAAAAUUUUGUAAAAAUACCAAACAUAGUUAAGAUUGCGCUAACAUGUGAUAUUAUUUAGAACAAAAUAUUAAGUGUGAGGCCAAAUGUAGCAAUGAAUAUAUGUAUGUUUAGAAACAUAGUGUUAAGCCUUUAUUAUUAAUUUACUUAAGUGAACACGAUAAACAUAUUAUAGCGUAUAUUAAAACGUGUUAAUUUAAAAAUGGACACACGCGAUUUUGUUACAAAAGGGAUAGCAACUAGUAUAAGUCAACAAAAAAUAAUAGAUUUUAUAAAUCGUGUACACUACAAUAAUAAUAUUAUCCCUUCUGCAACCUAAUCAAACGCUCUAUUGCUUAGUCAAGUUCUUACGUGACACCUAUAUGCAGUAGAGGCAACUAAAUUUAUUACGUUGUUUGAGCCCAGCAACAUAAUGAAUUUAUUUGCGAAUUAACUUAACGUCAAUAUAAACCAAAGCAGUUUUUCUCAGUCGCAAAGCAACUUUCGUUUAUAACAGGAGAGCUUUCACAUACGAAAGCUCGUCGUAAGACCUAGCGCUGCAAAACGCUUUCAUUUAAUACAACUUACGAAGUUUUCAACUAAUUAAAAGCGUUUUUAGUUACUUUCUUUAUAAAGCUGAAUCAAAAACAAAAUAUGCCUUUCCAAUUAAAAAACUAUGUAUUAUUGAAAAUUGUUAUAAAUGCGUAAUACUUGUAAAUAAAAUACACUAGGUAUUUGUAACUGUUAAUAUUAAGGCAUAAAGAGCUAUACUUAAGAGUGCUAUAUUUUUCCUAGAGGGUCCGGUAAAUUAAUUAAUUUUAGUAUAAAAUACGCAUAAAGAUAUUAGAUAAGACAAAAUAUGCAUUGUAGUUAACCGUCGAUUUAAAUAGUUAUUAUAAAUUAAUAAUGCAACAAUUUAUGGCGGACAAAUUCAUGACCAAAAAUAAUCAAGUAAUUAUGCAAAUUAAUUACAGCAAAGUAAAUAUUGAAAAGUCUAAUGAAUAUCGAAGAAAAAAACUCGUUACACACAGUUGAAUGUUUCUACGUAAAUAUGUUUAAGCCUAUGUAAAUAAAUAAUGCUUAAAUAUACGCUGUACAUAUGUAUGUAUACACGUACAUAACCUAUAUGGAAGUAAGUAGCUUAAAUGUAUGCAUUCACUAUGUAAAUGUAAAUUGUUUAAAGUUACUCAAAUGAAAGAGAAUGCAAAUAACGGUUAGCAAAUAAAUUUCCACACAUUCUAGAAAAUACAUAUGUAACAUAUGAAAUAUUGAGAGCAAAACAAAUGAAUUAAUAUUCUGAAUAAAAGAAUUGAAACCACUUACGUAAAUUUGGUUUCAUUUUAAACUUUUAUUA